AUGGCGGCGAUGGGUCUGGAAACUCGCAAACUCACCCAUACGACUGGGACUUCUGUGAAGGAUGUCUCAUGGAACUUGCUAGUCAGAAGCAUCCGCUUGACCUUGAAUCUGUUCGUCACGCAGCCGUUUACUGUAGUCUUGACUCGCCAGAUCGCCCAGUUUAUAGGUUGCGAAAAAGUCUACAAAACUAUGGGCCAAACCAUCUUCAAGAUAUUCACCGAAGAAGGCGUGGCCGGUUUCUACGCCGGCUUUGUGCCCCGCCUGCUGCGCAAUAUAGGCAUCAUGGCAGUCACCACUGUCGCGACGGCUCUCUUCUUCCACUAUGGGCCGCCACACAGCACCAUUCAGGUACUCAACGAGGUAAUAGUCAAUAUUUCGUCCUCGUACGCUCUGCACCCGUUGUCAGUGGUGGGCACCUGUAUGGAUGUUCAAGGGUCCCCCUUGGCUGCUGCAAUGCCGUCUCAAAUGCCGCACUAUGAACACUGGACUAAGUGCUUCUAUGAUAUAUAUCAAGGUAGUGGAUUCUACCACCGUGGGGGCGUUCUUUUCUGGCGUACGGUGCCUGUCAAGGGGCUGCAUGACUUGAUGGGACGCCCGAAAUAA